CACCAGCACACCUCCCGCCCUCCCUCAACAUGAACUCCCAGAACGCGACGGGCAGCAGCAACCGCUAUGACCGCCAUUACUCGGGCAGGAACGUCAGGAGGAGCAUCGAAUCGUCACACCUGGGUGAUACUGCCUCCAUCGCCGAGAGUGUUAUUACUCCUCUGCCAGAGCCACGACUCCCGGACCUUGACCUGCCGCAGUCAGAGUUAGAUCUCUCCACCACCUUUGAAUCGAUCUUGUCAGAGUCCUCCUCAUCCGACAGUGCCCCCACGGUGCCCGAACUCGACAAGGUUAAUAAGCGCGCCAGCAACGUCCUGAAGCUGUCCCAAGAGAACGAAAAGCUCAAGGAGGAGCUGGCUGCGAUGAAUGCUCGGAUCGAGGCGGCCGAACGUAAACAGCGGGAGCUCAGGCAGCGGGAGGCUGCUCUGCAAGGUGCCACGAAGGCUGCCACUAAAUCUUGACAGAGGACAUGAACGGAUCUAGACUUGGAUUGGACCCCCAUACUCAUACCAUACCCUUGCAUCAUUCCAUCGCAUACGGCAACUGUAGUAAUCGUUCUUCAGCCGCUUGUUCCCUCGGCCUGUACAAGAUAUAAUUCAUCCUC